AUGGCGUCCAUCUAUACAGCCCUCGAUAUCUCGAACUACGAAAUUCGUAUAAUCACGAUCCAUCCUGGCGACGAUGACACAAUAAUAAGUUGCACACUGCACAAACAAAGUCUCCUCGCCGAACAAGAAUACACGGCGUUAUCAUAUUGUUGGGGCGACCCCACAGUCACUGACCAUAUCAUUGUCAACGGCGAGCGCGCGGCGGUGACCAUCAAUCUACGAGACGCGCUACUACAGCUCCGGAACAUUGGGGUAGAGCGAGUAUGGGCUGACGCCUUGUGUAUCAACCAGGAGGAUAUUCAGGAAAGGAGUCUGCAGGUUCGCCAUAUGGCCCAGGUAUAUGCCCGCGCAGUUCGAACGUAUGCAUGGCUUGGAAAAGAAGGAUCUGAUCACGCCAUGGCCAGUCUAAUAUUUCUCCGUCAAAUAAUGUCGGCCGGCAUAGAAAUCGAUGGCAUCGAGCACAUGCAUAUGAGCGAGGUCGAUACCGGCAUCGAUCUCGACGUGGCCUCCGCGUGUCCGUCUUGCUUAGCUAAAGCAUCCUUUCAAGAUCUAAAGGAUCUAUUUUGUCGCGAGUACUGGAGGCGCCGCUGGGUCAUCCAAGAAAUUGUUGCUGCCAGGCGGGUACAAGUUAUCUGCAGCAGGGAAUCCAUUGAUCUAGGAGAUCUGAUGGAUGCUCUUGAGUCAUGUAAGAAGUCAAAACAAUGGUCACCAGACUUGAUCAGCUGCUGCAAAUAUCUGCAACAGAUAAUCGAUAUACGCUUACAAUACCAAUCUGGGCGACCGCAAACUCUGUGCGAAAGCAUGGCCAUCACGCAGCACUUUUUGUCUAGCGACUCUCGAGACAAAGUUUUUGCUCUGAUUGGUAUCACCUCCGACGGCGGACGUCUGGUGCCAACCCCAAGCUAUUACCAGGAUUUCGAAACGAUGCUGACGGACCUGGCCGCAGCCGUUUUUCGGGAACAUCGUAACUUCAACAUGAUGGUACUGGACCGUCGCAAUAGGGCAGCUACCCCAGGACUACCCACUUGGGUACCGGAUCUUCCAGUGGAAGAUCCAAAAGAUCUUUCGAGUAUCCUCCAUACCGAGUUACUUGACUCCCGUCUUCUUGAACGAAGUCUGUCAGGCCCUCCGGGCACACUCAGGGUGCAAGGAGUCAUUGUCGGAGUCAUAGUCGCGACUUCAUCUGUGCUGAAGAAUGUCCCGCUAGGGAUAUCCACGGCGGAAGUGAGCUCGAACGAUACUAUCAGUACAGCAACACCUCUAACGCAGCCACAAGAAUACUACGGAUCAUCGAGCAAAACAUUAAGAGUCAUACUUGCCAUGCUCUCGUUACCCAUCGAAGACGCCUACAUGAAUAAUGAACGAUCCCAACUAAUGACGCAAUCUGCCAUCUCUAGCCAGCCUGCAAGAGUGGAUUGA